GCGGGCGGGCGGGCUGGCAGGCGCUGCGGUUCUUUCGUUUUGCUUUCGGGAAGCGGUCGGGGCUGCACACUGUAGCCGCGGCCAGCCCUAGCGUCCGGCUCCCCGCCUGCUCCCAAAAAAAAGGAAGGAAGGAGGGAAGGAAGAGGUGAAAGAGGGAGAGAGCGAGAGAAGGAAUACACGGCCGCUCUUGCGCGCGAAUUGAAGGGUCUCGGUUGGGGAAGCCCUUCGGCGGGAGCAGGCGCAGGAGUGGAGUCGGCGCGGGCCGGGCGCGCCGCCCCCUUCCCCCGGGUGCAGGAGCGCUGACUCCGGAGCUGCGGGAGCAGGAGGCAGAGGAGAAGGCGAGGCGAGGCGAGGCGGAGGAGAAAGGGAAGGGGAGUUCCUCUCGCGCCGCCAGCCAGCAUGGGCCACUCGAGGGAGAGGCCGCUGCUGCUGGCGCUCCUGACCCUCGCUGUUUGCCAGGGGCGCAUCGUGAAGAUCCCCACUGGGGACCUUGUCCGAGUGGAGGGUAUGGAGCUGGUCAUCCCCUGCAAUGUCAGUGACUACGAUGGCCCCAGCGAGCAGAACUUUGAUUGGAGCUUCUCAUCUUCGGGGACACGUUUUGUGGAGAUAGUGAGCACCUGGGAGGCAGGUUUCACGGCCCAGCCGUACAGGGAGCGGCUGCAGAGAGGGGAGAUCCAGCUGAGACGGAUCAGCAAUGACGCCGUAGAGCUCCACAUUCAGAACCUCCAGGCCGCCGACCAAGGCCAGUACAAAUGUUCCACCCCCAGCACGGACGCCACCGUCCAGGGCAACUAUGAUGACACAGUGCGAGUGCGAGUGCUUGCUGACGCUCUGCAAGUGAGCUCAAAAUCCCAACCUGCUUCCUCCCUGCGCCUGAGGGAUGGGGACUCUUUUGAACUCCGUUGUUCAGCCUCUUCUGCCUCCUCAGAACAUACACAUCUCUCUGUGACGUGGGAGCUUCACCGUGGCCCCGCCAGGCAGAAAAUCCUCUCCUUGACACAUGAGAAUCGGUUCUAUCCUGGCCCACAGUAUGAAAGCCGCUACCAGAGUGGAGAUUUGCGUCUGGAUACCGUCGGGGAGGAUGUUUACCGAUUGUCUGUGUCUCGGGUGCUGCCAGUAGACCAGGGUACCUACAGAUGUGUGGUCAGUGAGUGGAUUGGAGAGAAGAGUAAAUGGCAAGAAAUUCAAGAGAAAAGCGUGGAUGUUGCCACUGUGACCAUCCAGCCAACAGCCUUAAGAGCGACUGUCACCAAGAAUAAUGUAUCUGUGACUGAAGGGAAUGACCUGGACCUCACCUGCAGCAUCACCACUGAUCAGAAGGAUGAUUUUCAGGCUGAGGUGACGUGGUACUUUAGCAAGACACCUGACAGUUCUUUGCCUGAUGCACACAUCUUGGCAAGCAUGGACCACAAUGCCGUGGUGCACAGCCCAUUGACAGUUACCUUAAAUCGUGUGGAUAUACACUCAUACCGCCUGCUAGUACGAGAUGCUAACAAAGAAAACUCUGGCUACUAUUUCUGCCAUGUGGCUCUCUGGGCACCUAGGCAUAACAGGACCUGGCAGAAGGUGGCUGAGAAGAUGUCUGAACCAGCUGGAGUGGAGGUCACCUUGCUGGAGCCGCUGUUUGAGGUGCUGAUGAAUGCUUCUAGGGUCCCUGAGUACCUGGAUGAUCCCACAGAGCUGGAGUGCCAGAUAGCAGAUGUGAGGAAUGCAGAUGCCAACGUCCGCUUCACUGUUUCUUGGUACUACAGGAUGGACUCUCGCAGUGAUGAAGUGGUGUCCGAUGAGCUACUUGCCACCAUGGAUGCAGACUGGACCCUGAGAUUUGGGGAGAAGAGUAGGCAGAGGGCACAGAAUGGGGAGAUUAUUUUCUCCAAGGAGGAUGGGGCCAGGUUUAGUUUUCGUAUUCAGAGGACUUCAGAGGGAGACAGAGGAAAUUACUACUGUGUUGUGUCUGCAUGGACCAGACAGCAUAACAAAAGCUGGAUGAAAAGCAAGGAAGUCGUAUCCAAGCCUGUCAACAUUUUUUGGGUUGUGGAAGAUUCUGUGCUCCUCGUGAAGGCGAGGAAGGCAAAGCCUUUCUUUGCUGCAGGAAAUACUUUUGAGAUGACUUGUAAGGUUUCCUCUGAGCACAUAAAGACUCCUCGGUAUUCAGUCCUCGUCACAGCUGAGAAGCCUGCGGCAGACCCCUUCAGCCCCAACGAGACGAAGCACAUCAUCUCCUUAGACCAGGAUUCAGUGGUGAAGCUGGAGAAUUGGACUGAUGAGGCCCGGGCUGAUGGAGUAGUGCUGGAAAAGGUCCAAGAAGAUGAAUUCCGCUAUCGAAUGUACCAGACUCAGGUGUCCGAUGCUGGCCUGUACCGCUGUGUGGUAACAGCCUGGUCCCCCGCUGGAGGCAACUUGUGGAGAGAAGCAGGGACCAGUUUAUCUAAUCCAAUUCUGAUAGACUUCCAAACCACAGGGCCCAUAUUUAACGUCUCAGUGCAUUCUGACACUCCAACAGUGUAUCGAGGAGAUCUGAUUAAACUGUUCUGCAUCAUCUCUCUGGAAGGAGCAGCCCUCGACCCAGAUGACAUGUCCUUUGAUGUAUCCUGGUUUGCCGUCCAUUCCUUUGCUUUGGAUAAACCUGCUGUCCUUCUGUCUUCAUUGGAUCGGAAAGGUGUUGUAAACAAGGCCCGGAGAACCUGGAAGAGUGACCUUAGCCUGGAGAAAAUCAGUGUGAUGGAGUUCCUCCUACAGGUUCAUGGCUCUGAGGACCAAGAUUUUGGCAACUACUUUUGUACUGUGAUACCAUGGAUCAAAUCAACCACAGGGUCCUGGCAGCGAGAGACAGAGAUCAAAUCCAAGCCCAUCUUUGUAACUGUGAAGAUGGAUGUUCUGAAUGCCUUCAAGUAUCCCCUGCUAAUCGGCAUCAGCCUCUCCACGGUUAUUGGACUCAUCUCCUGCCUCAUAGGCUACUGCAGCUCUCACUGGUGCUGUAAGAAGGAGGUCCAGGAAACAAGAAGAGAGCGAAGGCGCCUCAUGUCAAUGGAAAUGGACUAGGCGCGUGCCUGGGAAAGAUGGACUGUCUUUGUGGGAGAGAGAUGGGUGAGAAGAGGACAGUGACAUUUUAGAGUGAAGUGUUUUACACUAGCAAAAGAAAAGUCCUCUCUAAUCUCAGGUGGGACUUCCAGCUCUCUCUUUUCUGCAUGUUAAGAACCAAGAGCACGGGACAUGUUUACCAGUACUGACUCUUCCAAGGGCACUUUCUAAAGGGACGCUCUGUUCUGGAUAUAUCAGUUGUUUUGUAGGGUGUAUGUUUUCCCAAGUGGGGCUUUUUAAGCAGCGAACUUUGUCUGAUUUUUUUUUCCCUCUGAACCAGUUUUUAGAACCUCUUAUAAACUCUAUGUUCUGUUUUUUUAUCUAUUGAGAGGGGGUUGUGGAGAGAAGUGGGGUGGCAGAAUUUAGAGACCUUUGUCUUGGAUGAAUAUUCACUUGCUCACUCCAAUAGGUCGCUCUCGACUUGGAGGCACUGUUGCUAAGAUCUCCUGAAUGAGAUGUUCUAGUACAGCUCGGAGACAGCAUGGCGCUGUUGCUAAAAGCCAGUUUGUGGCUUUUAUCAUCAUCCCCCUAUUUUCAGGGGCUUAUGCUACACUUUACAUGGAAACUUAGUUUCCUAUGGAAUCGAAAGGCAUUUUUGCUUCUUUCUUCCCUCUCUGUUCAUUCAGUGUUAGACUGUUGGCCAUCCUAGAACCUGACACCCCACCGAACACCUUACCUUGCCACCUCAGCCUUAAAAUGUAAGCUAAGUAAAAAUCCAGCAACACCCCCCCCACUAGUGGCAAUAGGUAGACCUGUGAAGAAAUGAGGAAGGGAGUGGGAUGCCAAUUUUUAGCAGAGGCAGCUCUGAGUAUUCCUUUCCCUCGAGCAAGCAAUUGGAUGAGCUGGGGAGGCAGGCCUCCGAGGCUGACCUUAUACAGCUCAGGGCAGGAGUGACAGAGAUAUGACAAGGGCCCAUGUUGGCAUGCAGAAGAAUCCGCCACUGCCUCUCUCCCGCCCGCCAGGCAGUCACUUUGGCAGCAGCUCCAGUGGGCCCCUUGGGAGCACCUGCAGAAACCUAACAUUCCAGUCUUGCUGCUUUGACUCCCUAGUCAGGAAAGUGAAUAGUUUUGCAAGACUGUCUUACCUGAAAGGAAUCAGAAACAAGGCAGAAAAGCCAUUCUUUUCCAUGGCCUUCUUCAUCCAUCAGGUCUUUUUCAGGAAGCUCAACAGGGUGUUAAGGGGAGAGGGUAUGGUUAGGAAGAGGAAUGAAACCCAUCUAUUUAUUCUCACAUAAACAGCCCGCUGAAUGAAUACCGGUUUCUUUUCCUUGACUGUGUCAGUCAGGGCUGGGACAGUGGGUCAGAGCAGAGAGAAAGAAAUAUUAUUUGUCCUGAGGCUUUUUUCCCCCCCUGCUUUUAAAAAAGAUUUCCUCCAGCACUCUCCUGCUUUCUAAAGUGUCUCAGACUCGGCGUGGCCUUUCUGAAGCAUCCCAGUGGGGUUUUCUGAAGCCCAUUGAUGACUCAUGGCCUAGAUUUCUGUCUGCUUUGCUUUCAUUCUCGCUCUGAAGGAGCAGUCACAGUGCUGUCUUCCAAGGAAAAGGGGGGUGGGGGAGUUGGAGGAGAAGAAAUUGUUUUGAGCAAUAAAGUCAGGUCCCAAAGAAGAGCAUUCAUGUACUUCCGUUUCCUCAUAAUUGGCAGGAUGAACCCUUCCCUUUUCCCCCUCCCCCAGCUUCUUAUCCCCACCUAUUCUCACCAAUUACAGUUUCCAUGAUCACGUGGGCUUCCACAUUGAUUUCCCUCUGUUCUGCUAAUAGAGAGGGUUGCUCAUGCGAUGAGGGAGUGUUCUCUCUGGGCUGUGAGAGUCUUUAGUGCCCAGGGCAAGAAUGCUCCCUUAGGACAGGAGCAGGUCCUGGCAUUCCAGGUCUGCAUGUCUUUGAAUGGAAAGGGCCCCCACAUUUAUGCCCUUUAUGGAGUAGGGCUGGCCACCAAAGGGAGAAACUAUAGGAUUUUAACAGCAUUAAGUUUUUGUCCUCCCCUUCCCCACCCCUCCUGCCCCAGCCCCCAUGCUAACACUAAAACAGACACCAUUUCUUUACGGUAUUUUCCCAUGGAGAGAGGUAUCAGGCUUUUCUAAAGGCAGCAAUUCUAGAAUCAAGAAGUUGGCAUUGGGACUUUUACUAGUUAAUAGCCAGCACACUCUGAGCACUUUGGGGUCUACCAUUUUGCUGAGAGAAAACUCAGGGUUUUCAUGACUCAGGCCUUUCUUAUUAGUAGAGAAGGGCGCCCAGCUAUUGUUGAGGGUGGGGGGAGGCAAAGAGGGAGGGGAACCUUGCUGCCCUAGUAGGGUUGAGCACUAUGUAAUGGGUUGGUUUGGCCAAUGCCACUAGCAUUAGCGAAGCUUUGUGGGGAAUUGUGCCCUGUGCCUUUUCCUUUACAAGCUGAUGCUGCUGGUCGGAGCUGAUAUUGUAAUGUUAAGAGCUGCCCCAAAAUGUCUACUUCCAUAGCUUUUGCGAGAGAGGUAGACCCAGGACACCAUGCCAAAAAAACCUUGCAUCAACUUGGAAAACAAACUUCGCUGAUCAUUCGUCUGUCUCUCUAUCCAUCCUCUCUCUCUUUCUUUAGUGUGAAAUGUGUUGGUGAGGGCCCUCUUGGGAUACCAUGUAGGGCUCCCAGUGGAGAGGUUCCUGCCAUCCAUAGCAGUUGGAAUGACCAGGGGUCCUAGAACCCCUGACGCUGACAAUUCGCCACUUAUGUUUGUUUAUUUGAGCAACAUGAUGGUCAUAAACAUAUUCCCUAGAAACAAUCUAGGGCUUAUUCACACGAGUGAAUCUUAAAUAACCAAAAUUUAUAGACAUACUGAAGUUGUUGUUGUUAUUGUUGUUUUUUAGAAACACAAACUGACACCAUAAAGAAAGUCUCUUGGGACAGUGAAAAUGCAGAGACGCAUCUAUCACAUUAAAAUAUUUCUUAGUGUUUUCCGUUCUCCCCACUCUCCCAGUAUUCCCCUGAAGUCCCAGCACAGGAAGACCCCUGGUAUCAAGACCCUUCUGUCUACUUUCCCUUCUGCGUUUUGUUCUACAGACUGUUGGCAGCCAUUUUUUGUCACUGAAGUCAGUGACCCAGAGACUGAGCCUUCCCGGCAGGGACAAUAAGCAAUAUACAACUUGCUACUCGCAGAAAAAUCUGAACUAUUUUUUAGCUUUGCAACUGACAACAGAGGAAGAAGGGAACCAGGGCCCGGGUAAGUGCAUUCUUCUUCCUCCGAUCCACCAGGUUCCUAAUGACACACCCGGCAUGCACAUCACUUGGGGAGAAAGUAUUGGCUUUUUCCUGCACAAGAAACAAGGACCGGAAACACCAGCUCACAAAUCUACAAAAACUUGCUUAGACAAAUGGUUUGCGUAUUUUUGUCCAUAUUCAGUGUCAUUUGAACUGAUUAUAUUGUGUUUUAUACUGUGAUCACAAAUAAUAUGCAAUACACAGUCUGGUUCUUUUUUUUCUAAUUUCAUUAAAGAAAGUUUAAUUUAAAGUCAAAA